AAAAACCAGCAAAAGCUAAAGAGGUCCAUAUUUGUCGUUGCUAUUUCCAAAGCCGAUUCUACUUUAGAAAUUUGAUCAAAGUAAUAGAAUCUUAGAAGCGUGAACAAGUUUGCUUUUUAAUUUUUUUCUUCUACUUUUCUCAUAGCAUAAAAACCUAAUCCUAACACAGCAGCUACAAGCCUGCUACUAACAUCACCCAUGGCGGCACCGAUCUGGGCAUGGGCUUUUUCUGUAGCCAUAACACUUCUUCCUUGUGUUUUCGGAAACUCUGAAGGCGACGCUCUUUACACUUUGAGAAGAAGCCUAACGGAUCCCGAUAACGUGCUCCAGAGCUGGGAUCCCACCCUUGUUAAUCCCUGUACUUGGUUCCAUAUCACUUGCAAUCAAGAUAAUCGUGUCACUAGAGUAGAUUUAGGUAAUUCAAACCUAUCUGGGCAUUUGGUACCCGAGCUUGGGAGGCUUGAGCAUUUGCAAUAUCUAGAGCUUUACAAAAAUAACAUCCAAGGAACCAUCCCUACAGAACUUGGUAACUUGAAGAGCCUUAUUAGUUUGGACUUAUAUAAUAACAACAUCUCCGGCACCAUUCCUCCUUCCGUUGGGAAACUGAAGUCUCUAGUAUUCUUGCGAAUUAAUGACAACAGAUUAACUGGACCUAUCCCUAGGGAACUUGUUGGGAUUUCAAGCCUCAAAGUUGUUGAUGUCUCGAACAAUGAUUUGUGUGGAACAAUUCCUACCAGUGGACCAUUUGAACACAUUCCUCUGAACAACUUUGAGAAAAACCCUCGACUCGAAGGUCCGGAGUUGUUGGGGCUUGCUAGUUAUGACACAAACUGCUCUUGAAGAACAAAGUGAUGCUACAAAGCUUGGAAUUAGUUGUGUACUCAUAAGAUUUUAAGUGGAUUAUCACAAUGAAUAAUGAGGUUUGUGAAAUGCAAUCCCUCGUAUAAGUAUCUGUAAAUCAAAAUUUAUUAGCAUUUGUAACUGAAACUAUCACGCUCUUUCCUAAGAUGUACUAGAUAAACUAGUAUUUGAUGUAAUAGUAGCGACAUGUUUACUCCUGUUGUGCAUCCUUAAGAUAGGUUCCCACUUA